AUCAUUGGUAUCCGCCGCACGCAGUAGCCACUCAUUUUCACGCCGCGACGCAAGUUUAAAUUUAAAUCUAUUCCACUUUCGAAUGGGCCACCUCGGAAUAGUAAUCCUCAUCGACGAGUAGAUUAUGACAAGCGCGCACCCGAGUGCUCCAACGAUCGGUAUUUGCCUCCAAUCCUGCGCAAAUAAGUCCGAAUAAAAUUCAAAAAUUACCCCCAGUAAUAAGUUAUGCAAUACAUUUUCGAAUACGUACAACAGUGCGUAUACGUCCGCCCAUGAAGUGCAGCAGUGUGUGAAGUUAACCCAGUGAUAACGAAUAUCAAUCUGCAAGUCAGCAACUAUGGAUAGCGUCGCAGAUAUUGUAUUCGUGAGCCGGGAUUAUCAGGCUCAAACGAUGGCCACGGACGAGAUCAGCGUCCGCCAAGGGGACCUUGUCGAGCUUAUAAGUUCAAAGGCAUCUGAAAAGUCUAGAUGCUUUGUUCGAAUGUUCGAUAGCGGGGACUCCCCCAAAGAGGGCUGGGUUCCGAUAGAGAUCUUAGAAUUUAAUCCAACAAUGAGUAGCUCUAAUGGGAAGGAAAACGGUGAUGCGGAAUUUAGAAAGCAAACCAUUCUCAGGGAGCUGGUUGAAACGGAGGAGGAAUUCUCCAGGGACCUCAUGCAUGUUGUGGAAAAGUAUAUCAAGGGCAUUGACAAGCCAGUGGUGCCGAGGUCUGUGCGCGACAAUAAGGAUGUUAUAUUCUGCAAUUUCCUGCAAAUCGCCGAAUUUCACAAUAAUGUACUGAAGGAAGGGCUGAAGUGCUACAGCAAUCAACCGAACAUGGUGGCCAAGACCUUUCUGCGACUGGAAAGGGACUUUGAUAAGCAUGUGGUGUACUGCCAAAACGAACCUUUGGCACAGGACUAUCUCAGCUCCAGUCCAGAUGCUAAAAAGUACUUUCAAGAACUUUCAAAACAGCUCGGAGACGAUAAAUCUCUUUCAGAACACCUCAAACUACCCAUCCAGCGCAUAAACGACUAUCAACUUCUGUUCAAGGACUUCAUUAAGUACUCGCUAAGCUUGAAAGAGAACGUUAAAGACUUGGACAGGGCCCUAGAGUUAAUGCUUAGUGUGCCCAGUAGAGCGUACGACAAUAGGUUUCUUUCCAGCAUCGAGGGCUGUCGGGGUAACAUCUACAAGUUGGGUCGCCUGCUCCUCCACGACUGGUGCACCGUCCUCGACAAGGAGGGCAAGGCGCACGAUCGCUACUGCUUCCUGUUCAAGUCUCGCAUUUUGGUGACCAAGGUCCGGAAGAUAUCCGAGAACAGAUCCGUAUUUAUUUUGCAAAGCAUCGUGAAGCUCCCGCUGUGCAACAUCGAGCACAAGGCCGACGAGAAGCAAAUCCAAUUGAGUCUGAAAGCGCCAGACGCUGGCUCCAUCUUUCCGAUACACAUUAAGCCCCAUGGCCCAGAGUCGCACUUGACCUGGUUUAACGAGAUCUCCGCCCACAUCAACCAAGACGUCACUCUGCAGGAGCAUAAUGCCGAUGACCUGAAGGUCGACGCAUCGCAAAUCGCAUCUGAAAGUGAGCUAAUUCUUCAUCUUCCCCAAAGGGCCGAAGCCCACGAUCCGAAUCUUAGUGUCCGACCCUCUGACGUGGCCGAAAACUACUUCCUUAGCAAGGAGACCAAGGAGCGCCUACAGCUGGAACAGCAAGAGCUGCUGAAGCUCGAGCAGGAAGCCAUCGAAUUGUAUAAAAAACAGCAAUCUUCAAAGACAUCUUCCACGAGGACCGAGUCGGUUCAGAUCACCAGCACCCAGGUCAAGUCUAGUUCGGAGGUUCGUAGCCAAACACAGGAGUCUAAGGUGACCGCCAAGGUAGAAGAGGCAGCAAAACCACAGGUCAGAGAGGUUCCCAUCAAGGUAGUUUCGCCUCCACCACAAGCUCAGCCAGUAGCAGCUGCUCCUCCAGCGCCCCAGCCAGUGGCAGCUGCUCCUCCAGCGCCCCAGCCAGUAGCAGCUGCUCCUCCAGCGCCUCAGCCCGUGGCUGUUGCUCCUCAAGCACCCCAGCCUGUGGCAGUUGCUCCUCAAGCUCCUAAGACAGUGGCAGAAGCUCCUCCUCCAUCUGUAAAGAAUAAUUCUCCCGUGAAGGAAGCGAUUCCUGUCAAGGAAGUGAGUCCAGUAAAGCAAGUGGUACCACCACAGGCCGAGAAGGCUCCUCCAGUUAAGGAGGACCAAAAAGUAGAGACUCCGCCAGCUUCGCAUUCCAAGGAAGCUGAAGCUCCGAAACAGUCUGCUGAAUCCCGACAAGAAACCGUAUCCGAGUCCCAAACAACUGUCAUCGAAUCCGCAUCUAGUCUGGUCACCGAAGAGGCCGCAGCUGGUAAGCAGGAUGAAAACUUCACGAGAGACACAUCGCCAUAUGCGACGAUCCCCAAGAUCCAAGUAUACCGCCCCGUAGAUAGCGAUAACCCAGUGGUAACCGCCAAGCACAGACCCAUCGAGCUGAAAGACAUCGUUGGCUACAACGAAUCCCUGCGGGACAGCGACCCUGCGCCCGGUGGGGGAUCGGGAUCGGGAUCGCAGGGCCGCCAGGGAUACAGUGCUAACAUAACCGACCACGCUUCAUUAACCAUCUGGAAUAACCGACUAGCUAACAUCGCUAACGACCGAAAUGGGGCUAACCAGCACCUGCAGCAGUCUGGCCCCCCGCCGCCGCCCAUUCCGCCUAAUUUCACGCGCAUGCCCGGCUUCUUCCAGCCGCUUCCCCUCAUCGCUUACGAGACCACCAUUGAGAUCCUAAUAGUCAAGGCACGUCCCCCCUCACCGCCGCCCCCGCCGCCGCCGACCAUUAAACGCUUGCUAAUCCAUAACGAGAGCUUGGAGCAGAAGACGCAGAACUUUUUCGAGGGCAUCUACGACGCGUCCACUUCGGACACGUCGCUGCGGAAUGCCAAGCAAAAGAUUCGCAGCAUUAAGACCACGGUGCUGAAGUCGAAGGACUCCACUAAUUACGCCCAAGACACUGUACAGAAGGCCAAGGCCCGCGACUUUCUGCACAUUUUCACCCCGCCCGUCAAGAAGCGACCCAUUUACGAGAUUGUUGAGGAGCCCGUUAAUAUAUUUGAGAUCGAAGGCGAAUAUACUGAGUCUAUUGCUGACGAUUUCAGAGAGCGGGAGCCAAGUGCCGAUAUUGAAGCCAGGGGCCAAAGCGUCGGUGGUAUGGAUGAUUAUUAUUCUGGCUACUCACUGGCUUCCAAACGUCGCUAUGAAACCUCUAGCCGGACGCGGGACUACGAUCGGGGAACCUCCUACGACAGCACUGCCGAGCGAUCGCAGUAUGGAAUAAGCUCCAGGCGGGAUCGCAGCUCUAUUGACAAGGUUGAAGCUCGUUCGUCCCUCUUGGCCACCGGCCGUACAGAGAGCCGUGCCGCAAGCCGCACCGCCAGUCGCGCCGAAAGCCGUGCGGAAAGUCGUGCCUCCUACUCGGUGGCAGAAUCGCGUACCGGUAUCCGUUCUUCGUCCCAACUGUUGGAGGACCGACCCCUGCGCUCCGUCGAGAAGCCCGUGGUGGUGAAGAUGCUGAAGAGCGUGCAAGUGGAUCCUGGAGAGACCGCUCACUUUGAGAUCCAAUUCAAGGAUCAGCCCGGCCUUGUCACCUGGCUGAAGGACAACAAGCCGCUGGAGGAUCGUUUGGCUGAUCGCAUUACCCAGACCGCUGCUCCAAUGAAUUCCUACCGGUUGGACAUCAAGAACUGCACUGAAAGCGAUGCAGGAACUUACACCAUUCGGGCCCAGUCUGCUUCCGAGACAACAACUGUUUCGGCACAGCUUGCAGUGGGCCAAGCACCAGGCCAUGACGAGACUAAAACUAACACGGAGCCAGCCUUUCUGGUUAGCCUGAAGGAUGCCGAAAUGAUCGAGAACACUCUCUUCCGUUUCAUGAUCAAGAUCAAGGGCGAUCCCAAGCCUAGGGUCAAAUUCUACAAAGAUGAGAAGGAGAUCCUCGAGGUCAAUGAUCGGAUUCAAAUUAUCCGUGACAAGGAUUACCUUGGCUUCUAUGAGCUGGUAAUCGCCGAUGUCCAGAAGACCGACAGUGGAACCUACUCCUGCAAGGCCACGAACAAGUUCGGCGAAGCCACCUGCGAAGCCGUGGCCACCACAGUGGAGGACAAGAAUCCGUUUGGCGCACUCAGCGGACAGAUACUUCCGGCUGGUGAGAAGCCAGUCUUCCAAUGGAAGCGAAACGGCGAGGAGUUCGAUCCGGAGGAACGCUUCAAGGUGCUCUUCGGCGAGGACGAGGACUCUCUGGCUCUGGUUUUCCAGCAUGUGAAGCCCGAGGAUGCGGGUAUCUACACCUGCGUUGCUCAAACUUCCACGGGAAACAUCUCGUGCAGUGCCGAGCUCUCGGUUCAGGGAGCCAUUCAGACACUGAACCGGGAGCCCGAGAAGCCCACCCUGGUGAUCGAGCACCGCGAGGCAAACGCCAGCAUCGGCGGCUCGGCUAUUCUGGAGCUCCAAUGCAAGGGCUUCCCCAAGCCGGCGGUGCAGUGGAAGCACGACGGUGAGGUCAUCCAGGUGGACGAUAGGCACAAGUUCAUGUACGAGGAUGAGGAGAGCAUGUCGCUGGUCAUCAAGAAUGUCAACACUGCCGAUGCCGGAGAGUAUACCAUUGAGGCUAUCAACGAACUGGGCCAGGACGAGUCGACCAUUAACCUGGUGGUGAAAGCUCCUCCAAAGAUCAAAAAGAUUACGGAUAUUACUUGCUCGGCCGGGGAGACCAUCAAGAUGGAAAUCGAAGUGGAGGGAUUCCCACAGCCCACUGUCCAGGUCACCAACAACGGCAAGGACGUGACUGCCGAGAGCAACGUGAAGAUCUCCUCGACCUCCAUUGGCAAGAGUCUCGAGAAGGUUGUCGUGGAGGUAAAGGAGAUCAAGCUAUCGCAGGCGGGCAACUACUCCAUCAAGGCUACCAACGAUCUCAGCCAGACGUCAGAGUACUGGAGCUGCACGGUCAAGUCGAAGCCAGUGAUCGUGAAGCACUUCGAGAGCGAGUACAUCCACGGGGAGAAGGAGACCGUGCAGAUGACCGUGCGCAUCGAUGCGUAUCCGGAGGCCAAGCUGAUCUGGUACCAUGACGAGACCGAGAUCAAGGUGACCGAGUCGAAGUACACUGUGAGCAGCGAUGGCAACGCCUACACCCUGAAAAUAACCGGAGCCACGCGCGUGGAUGCCGGCAAGUACACCGUGAAGGCCACCAAUGAGCACGGGUCGGCUACCAGCACCACCGAUCUGUUGAUCAAGUGCACUCCGGAGUUCACACAGAAACUGAAGAACAUCACGGUGGCCGAGGGCGACUGCAAUGUGGAGCUCGUGGUUGGCGUGGAUGCUUAUCCGCGUCCCCAUGUCAAGUGGUACAUUGAUGGCAUCGAGAUCGAUGAAAAGCGUAACGAUUUCCGUCACGUGGAGGAGGGCAACAACUAUAAACUUAUCCUCAACAAGGUGGCCACCAACCAGCAAGGAAACUAUACCUGCAAGAUAAUGAAUGAUUACGGCAAGCUGGAGGACAGCUGUGUGGUGACUGUCAACUGCAAGCCCAAGGUCAAGCGGGGUCUCAAGAACAUUGAAGUUCAGGAGGGCAAAUCCUUCACUCUGGAGGUCGAGGUGUACAGCGAGCCAGAAGCCAAAAUCAAAUGGUUCAAGGAUGGCCAUGAAAUCUACGAAGAUGCACGCAUUAAGAUCUCUCGGGACACUCAGCGCAUCGAAAAUUACUAUCUGACUCUGAAUCUGGCCAGGACCGAGGAUGCGGGCACAUAUGAGAUGAAGGCAACGAACUUCAUUGGCGAGACGACCUCAACCUGCAAGGUUGCUGUGUUAACGAGCGACUCGGUGUCUUUGGGACAGACCGUGACAAAAACUAUGAUUGCGACGACUGAAGAACCUGAAGAAGGGGCUGUUCCGGAAAUCGUUCACGUGGAUGUCUUCCAGCAGCACAGCUACGAGAGCGUGCCCCUGAAGUACGAAGUCAUAGCCACGGGUAUUCCUAAGCCUGAAGCCAUAUGGUAUCACGACGGAAAACCUAUAACUGCUGAUAAGCAUACGGCCAUCACUGUGGAUGGGGACCAUUAUAAGCUGGAGGUGGAGUCACUGGAUAUGGUGGAUGCGGGAGAAUACAAGGUGGUCAUACAGAAUAAGUGUGGCGAGAAGUCUCAUCAGGGAGAUCUCUCCUUGUCGGGCAUUGCCGAGUAUCGCAAGCCCAUCCUGACUUCAGGACCUGGGCUAAAGGACAUUAAGGUUAACAAGGGCGAUAAGGUCUCUGAGCCCGUUAUGUUUACCGCCGAUCCUGCUCCUGAAAUCGUUUUGCUCAAGGACGGCCAGCCCGUCAAGGAGAGCAACAACCUCAAGCUGAAGGUGGAAAAGAAGGACAUUGAAAAUGGCCUGGUUCAAUACACGUGCACCUUGAAUAUCCUGGAGGCUGACAUCAAGGACUCAGGACGCUAUGAAUUGAAGGUGAAGAAUAAGUUCGGUGAACUGGCCACGAGUGGCUGGAUCGAUGUGCUGGCCAAGCCGGAGAUUUCUGGACUGGAUGACCGCAAGUGCCUGCCAGGCGACACCAUUUGCUUCGAGGCUCUGGUUCAGGCCAAUCCGAAACCCAAGGUUUCCUGGACUCGUGGCAACGAGAAUCUGUGCAACAACGAGAACUGCGAGGUAAUCGCCGACGUCGAUGCCGACAAGUAUCGGCUGGUCUUCCAGGCCGUCUCUCCCUCCGAGGAUGGCAAGUAUACAAUCACGGCAGUCAACAGCGAGGGAAGGUCCACGGUGGACUUCAAUCUGAACGUACUUGUGGAAAAGCCCACCUUCAUUGUGCAGCCCGAGAGCCAGAGCAUCCACGACUUCCGGCCUGUCUCCACCAAGGUUCUGGUGCAUGGCGUUCCUCUGCCAACUAUCGAGUGGUUUAAGGACGACAAGCCCAUUAACUACGAGGCGGUGAACAAGCCAAGCAAGGACAAGCUGUACAGCAAGGAGGAUACCAAGAAGGGAUCCGACCAAAUCGAGAGUGUGUUUGAUAUCAAGACAUUCAGGGAAAGCGAUGUGGGAGCGUACACCUGUGUGGCCACCAACGAAAUUGGAGUGACCAAGGCACCCUUCAAGCUGGGACUACUGGCCCUCGCACCCAGCUUUGUGAAGAAGUUGGACAAUGCUCUGGACGUGUUGCAGGGUGAGCCCCUUGUCUUGGAGUGCUGUGUCGACGGAAGUCCCCUGCCCACUGUUCAGUGGCUGAAGGACGGAGAUGAAGUUAAGCCGAGCGAGAGUGUAAAAUUAUCCACAAGCCCCGAUGGCUUGGUCAAGCUGGAGAUUAACAAUUGCCAGCCCAAUGACUCGGGAGCUUACAAGCUGAUUAUUUCCAAUCCUCAUGGCGAGAAAGUGGCGCUGUGUGCCGUUGCUGUUAAGCCCGAGGAGAUGCAGCCAAAGUUCCUCAAGCCAAUCACCGGCCAAACUGUUGUGGUGGGUGAGCCCUUAAAGCUGGAGGCUCAGGUCACCGGCUUCCCAGCUCCAGAGGUCAAGUGGUACAAGGAUGGCAUGCUGCUGCGUCCAAGUCCGGAAAUUAACUUUAUCAACAGCCCCAAUGGCCAGAUUGGUUUGAUCAUUGACGAAGCUCAGCCCCAGGAUGCCGGAGUCUACAAGUGCUUGAUUGCCAACAAGGGUGGCGAGAUCGAGGGUGUGUCCAAAGUGGAGAUUGUGCCCAAGGAGUCCAAGCCGGCGUUUGUGGCUGAGCUGCAGGAUGCCUCCAGUAUUGAAGGCUUCCCGGUGAAGAUGGACGUCAAGGUGGUUGGUUUCCCCCAGCCGAAGCUACAAUGGUUCCACAAUGGACACGAAAUUAAGCCCGAUCAGGGCCACAUUUCCAUUGUGGAGAAUCCGGACAAGAGCACGAGCCUUAUUAUUGAGAAAACAGUGCCUGGCGACUCCGGACUGUACGAAGUUAUUGCCCAAAAUCCCGAGGGAUCGACGGCCUCCAAGGCGAAGCUCUAUGUGGCCCCCAAGGCCGAUGAAACUGCCGCCGAAGAAGCACCUCAGUUUGUGUCUGCCCUGCGGGAUGUGAACGCCGACGAGGGCCAGGAGCUGGUGCUGUCCGCUCCGUUCAUUGCCAACCCCAUGCCCGAGGUUAUUUGGUCCAAGGAUGGCGUUACUCUGACUCCCAACGAGCGCCUGCUAAUGACUUGCGACGGCAAGCACAUCGGUCUGACCAUCAAACCGGCCGAGGCUGCAGAUUCCGGCAAUUACACUUGCCUCCUGGCCAAUCCCCUGGGCGAGGACUCGUCCGCCUGCAACGCUAAUGUUCGCAAGGUGUACAAGCCGCCAGUGUUCACGCAAAAGAUUUCCGAUCAGCAGCAGGUGUUUGGCAACAAUGCCAAGAUUCCGGUGACUGUCUCUGGAGUUCCGUAUCCGGAGCUGGUGUGGUACUUCCAGGACAAGCCUAUUCCCACCAAGUCCGACAAGUACAGCGUCAAGAACGAUGGCGACCAUCACAUGUUGAUUGUCAACAACUGCGAUAAGGACGACCAAGGUGUCUACAAGUGCAUUGCCAGCAACAGGGAGGGCAAAGACAUCACCCAAGGACGCCUCGACAUCGUUAACGAAAUUAAGAAGCACACGCGAUCGGAGCCUCCAGUAUUCCUCAAGAAGAUCGGCGACUGUGAUAUCUAUGAGGGCAUGGUUGCCAAGUUCACGGCCUGCGCCACGGGCUAUCCGGAACCCGAGGUGGAAUGGUUCAAGAACGACCAGAAACUGUUCCCCUCGGACCGCUUUCUCAUCGACAUUGAGCCUAAUGGCCUGCUCAGGCUAACCAUCAAAAAUGUGACCGAGUACGAUGUGGGUCGCUAUUCCUGUCGCAUUUUCAAUCCCUACGGCGAUGACAUCUGCCAUGCCGAACUCUUCUACGACUCUCUCGACAGCCAGCAGAAGCCCUUGGAAGACCAGUAUACCGACUUCAAAAAGUACAAGAAAUCCGGUGCUCCUCCACCGCUAUCGGAGGGUCCCAUUAUUUCUCGUAUGACCGAUCGCGGCUUGCUCCUGUCAUGGAACCCGUCGGUGCCGAUGACUCCCCGUUACCCCAUCACCUACCAGAUCGAAAUGAUGGAUCUGCCCGAGGGCGAUUGGCGCACUCUGAGGACCGGCGUACGCAGCUGUGCCUGUGACAUCCGCAAUCUGGAACCUUUCAGAGACUACAGAUUCCGAAUUCGAGUGGAGAAUAAGUUUGGUGUGAGCGAUCCCAGUCCUUACACGCAGACUUACAGGCAAAAACUGGUGCCCGAUCCACCUAAAACCUACACAUACUUGCCACCAGGCACAGAUUUCAGGCCAGAGACUUCACCCUAUUUCCCCAAGGACUUUGAUAUCGAGCGGCCUCCCCAUGAUGGCCUAGCUCAGGCUCCUCAAUUCCUUUUGCGCGAAAACGAUAUUAGCUAUGGUGUCAAGGAGCACAACACGGAGCUGAUGUGGUUCGUCUACGGCUACCCCAAGCCAAAGAUGACGUACUACUUUGAUGACAUGCUCAUCGAGUCGGGUGGCAGGUUUGAUCAGAGCUACACCCGAAAUGGCCAGGCCACGCUCUUCAUCAACAAAAUGCUAGAUCGCGAUGUUGGCUGGUACGAAGCUGUGGCCACCAACGAGCAUGGCGAGGCCAGGCAACGGGUGAGGCUGGAGAUUGCUGAGCAUCCGCGGUUCCUGAAGCGACCGGAUGAGACCUUUAUCAUGGCCCGCAAGAAUGGCAGGAUCGAGGCCAAGCUGGUGGGCAUUCCACUGCCGGAAGUGCAUUGGUUUAAGGACUGGAAGCCCAUUGCCGACUCGUCCCGCAUCAAGAUCAGUUCGUAUGAUCCGGAUAUCUAUGUGCUUUCGAUUCACGACUCCAUCAUCAAGGACGGUGGCCUGUACUCCAUCAGUGCCAGGAACAUUGCUGGCUCCAUUAGCACCUCGGUGACGGUGCACAUUGAGGAGAACGAGGAUCAGUACAUCUACAAGACCUACGGCAGGCAUCCGUAUGUGCGCUCCAAGCAACUGCGCUACCAGGACAAGUACGAUAUUGGUGACGAGCUGGGCCGUGGAACCCAGGGCAUCACUUAUCACGCCGUGGAGCGAGCCACUGGCGACAAUUACGCCGCCAAGAUCAUGUACGGCCGUCCAGAGUUGCGUCCAUUCAUGCUCAACGAGCUGGAGAUGAUGAACAUGUUCAAUCACAAGAACUUGAUUCGCCCGUACGAUGCGUAUGAUACCGAUCGCAGCGUGACUCUGAUCAUGGAGCUGGCUGCCGGCGGGGAGCUGGUGAGGGACAAUCUGCUCAGGCGCGACUAUUACACGGAGCGCGACAUCGCCCACUACAUCCGGCAGACGCUGUGGGGUCUGGAGCACAUGCACGAGAUGGGAGUGGGUCACAUGGGUCUCACGAUCAAGGACCUUUUGAUCUCCGUGGUCGGCGGUGAUUACAUCAAGGUGUCUGACUUUGGUUUGUCGAGGAAAAUCAAUAGGCACAACCUGUCCACUCUGGACUAUGGCAUGCCGGAAUUCGUCUCGCCGGAAGUCGUGAACAAGGAGGGCGUCAACUUCUCGCACGAUAUGUGGACCGUGGGACUGAUCACUUACGUCCUGCUGGGCGGUCACAAUCCCUUCCUGGGCAUCGACGACAGGGAAACCCUGACAAAGAUUCGCGAAGGCCGCUGGGACUUCAAGGACGAGAUUUGGACUCACAUCUCGGACGAUGGUCGUGACUUCAUCAGCCGCCUGCUGCUCUAUAGUCCCGAGGAACGUAUGGAUGUCAAGACUGCUCUGAAGCAUCCAUGGUUCUUCAUGCUGGAUCGCCAGGUGUACGACCAUGACUACCAGAUCAACACCGACCGCCUGAGGAACUACUACGACCACUUCAGGGACUGGUAUGCCAAUGCCUCCUGCAAGAACUACUUCCGCAGGCGCCGCCUCAGCGGCUGCUUCCAGCAUCCGUCCAAGAUGGUCUAUCCCCCGGGACACGUGUACACGCCGGAGAAUACCCCAGAGCCGCUGCCGGAGCCAAGGAAGCGGGCAAAGCGCGAGGAAGUCGUUUCCAAAUACCUACAUCCCGACUAUGAGCUGGGCCUGAUUCAAUCGGAGAGCCACUACCAAUACGGCCCCGAUACGUAUCUUUUGCAACUGCGAGAUGUCAACUUCCCCGUGAGAUUGCGUGAGUACAUGAAGGUGGCCCAUCGACGAUCCCCUUCGUUUGCCUUGAACGAUUCAGUGGACUGGUCUCUGCCCGUGAUCCGCGAGAGACGUCGCUUCACCGACAUCAUGGACGAGGAGAUCGAUGACGAGCGUACUCGCAGCCGCAUCAGCAUGUAUGCGGCCAACGAUUCGUAUUCGAUCCGUCGCCUGCGCACGGAGCUGGGACCUCGUCUGGAUGAGUACACCGAGGCCGAUGCCAUGAUCGAGACCCAGCGGGAGGGCUACCCACCAUUCUUCCGCGAGAAGCCCCAGACGAUUGCCAUAACCGAGAACCAGCCCAGCCACAUCCACUGCUUCGCCGUGGGCGAUCCCAAGCCGUGCGUGCAGUGGUUCAAGAACGACAUGGUGCUGUCCGAGAGCAAGAGAAUCAAGAUAUCGGUGGAUGAGGACGGUCGCUCCAUCCUGCGCUUCGAGCCGGCCCUGCACUUCGAUGUGGGAGUCUACAAGGCGGUGGCCAGGAACAAGGUGGGCCAGACCGUGGCCCGUUGCCGCAUCGUGGUUGCCACUCUGCCCGAUGCCCCCGACUCGCCGGAGAUUUCCGCCAACAGCGGCUCCGAGAUCCUGCUCCGCUGGAAGCAGCCACGUGACGAUGGCCACUCCACAGUGCUGUGCUACAGCCUGCAGUACAAGCUGAGCAACUGCGAUGCCUGGACCACUGUGGCGGACAACAUCGAUCAUGAGUUCUACCUGCUGCACGACCUGCAGCCGAACACCAGCUAUCAGUUCCGACUGGCUUCUAAGAAUCGUAUCGGCUGGAGCGAGAUGGGCAUACCCGUGUCUGCGUCCACGUCGGGAGCCGACGCCCCCAAGAUUCACAUCACCAAGGCCAUGAAGCAUUUACAGCAGCUCACCGAGAACGGGCACGAGGUGGUGCCCGAGGAGGAGCGCGUGCACACCGACUACCAUUGCGAGCGCGAGCCUCCCAACUGGGUGACCGACUCCUCAGUCAGCGACAAGUACAGCUUCAUCUCGGAGAUUGCCCGCGGCGAGUUCAGCACCAUUGUCAAGGGCAUCCAGAAGUCCACUGACACCGUUGUGGUGGCCAAGAUCCUGGAGGUGACCGACGAAAACGAGGAUAACGUGGUGGCCGAGUUUGACAACUUUAAGACCCUGCGCCACGAACGCAUCCCCGCGCUCUUCAGCGCCUACAAGCCCCUGAACGUGCCCAUUGCCAUCUUUGUGAUGGAGAAACUCCAGGGCGCCGAUGUGCUCACCUACUUCAGCAGCCGACACGAGUACUCGGAGCAGAUGGUGGCCACCGUGAUCACCCAGCUGUUGGAUGCCCUGCAGUAUCUGCACUGGCGCGGCUACUGUCACCUCAACAUCCAGCCCGACAAUGUGGUGAUGGCCUCGGUGCGUUCCAUUCAGGUGAAGCUGGUCGAUUUCGGAUCGGCCAAGAAGGUCAACAAGCUGGGCGUGAAGGUAACGCCAUGCGGAUCCCUGGACUUCCAGCCGCCCGAGAUGAUCAACGACGAGCCGAUAUUCCCGCAGAGCGACAUCUGGUCGGUGGGUGCCCUCACCUACUUGCUCCUGUCCGGAUGCAGUGCAUUCCGCGGCGCCGACGAGUACGAGACCAAGCAGAAUAUCUCCUUUGUGCGCUACAGAUUCGAGAAUCUGUUCAAGGAAGUCACUCCCGAGGCCACCAGAUUCAUUAUGCUGCUUUUCAAGCGCCAUCCCACAAAACGACCAUACACCGAAGAUUGCUUGGAGCACAGGUGGCUCAUGUCGUCCGACUACAUGGUUAGGAAGCGCGAACGUGCCAUCUUCUUGGGCAGCCGUCUAAAGACGUUCUGCGAUGAAUACCAUGACCUAAAGAAUGCCACGGCCACGUCAUCCAAGGUCCUGAACACGGUCGCCGGCGGACCGACACCUACUCAACUACUUCGAUCGAACAGCAUCCAGGAGGAAUUGCUUACAACAUUUUAGUCAAUUAGUAGCGAAGUGGUAGUGUUAAGCGAACAAAUGUUGUUUUUAUUUCUUGUAUAUAUGGAAUAUAAAUAAUUAUACACAACAUCUAAAAUUCUAUAUAUAUCAAAUAUAUAUUAUCUGGUUAAUUAAACGAAAUAAUCGAA